UGUGUUUGGGGGAGGUUCUUGAAGUGACAGGGACACGGCACGCGAGAUGCAACGGUUCACUGCAAGCGACUUGCGGGUGCCACACCGCAGCGUAAUUUGGUAUGACCAGGUGUUGCCUUCGGGCCGUGGGCGAGUUUGAUGCCAGUGGAAUGCCACUUCGAAGUGCUGGAUUGCCUGAGCUGCUUCUUUUUUUACCUCGGGCAAGGAAUACCUUUGGUAUCCCUUGGUCCUGCGUUUUGCAGCAAUGCCUCCGUGAUGCCACAGGCUGUCUUGCCAGCAUCUCCAGGAGGCCGCUUCAUGGCAGUGGCAAAGCUUGGUACGCCACCCCUUGUACAUACCUUGAAAGCGGUUGAGAGCUGCCGGAGUUUUUUGAACCAGAAAUUCGCAUGCUCAAGAAAGUACAGUUGGGAUUUGUGUGGAAAGAGCCGUUUUCGAAAGUGGGCAUAUUCUUGAAAAACAUUGUCGAAGGACAUUUAAUUUCCUCACGCGGGAUUGUUUUCUGAGUCGUUUCACCCGAGCAUUUUCCCUUGUGAUUUGCCUGCGAAGUGACGAAGUGGGUCCUUAAGUCUGCUAUCACGGUGACG